AUGGCUGAGCGUACGGACCCCAUCCACGUCCAAACAAAGGGCGUUGAUUUCAAUCAUGCGAUAUCGGAUGGGGAUAUGGACUUCCGCAGGGAUUCUCGUGGUGUCGAUGCGGAUGGUGGGCAGGAAGGGAGGCCAGGCGGAGACGCAGCUGUAGCCGAUCUUGUAGAUAAAAGCAAGACGGGUUAUUUCGCCUACUUCCAUACGAGAGAGUUCUAUAUCGUGCUUGUACUUGGGCAAAUUCUCGCCCUCUGCAUCACCUCCACAAACACCUUCUCCCAGCUCCUCUCUAACAUCCACACCUCAAUUCCAGCUUUCCAGUCGCUCUUCAACUACGUCCUCCUCAACCUCGUCUUCACCAGCUACACCAUCUACCGCUACGGCCUCAAACGCUGGCUGCGCGUCAUCCAAAAGGACGCCUGGAAGUACAUCAUCCUCGCCUUCUGCGACGUCGAGGGCAAUUACUUCAUCGUCCUCGCCUACAAAUACACAACAAUCCUAAGCGCACAACUCAUCAACUUCUGGGCCAUCGUCGUCGUCGUGAUCAUCUCCUUUCUCUUCCUCCGCGUCCGCUACCACUGGGCCCAGAUCCUGGGCAUCCUCGUCGCCAUCGGCGGCAUGGGUGUGCUUUUCGGCUCCGACCACAUCACCGGCGGCGGCGGGAACGGCGACGGUCCAUCCCGCAGCAACCAGAUCAAGGGCGACCUUUUCGCCCUGGUAGGCGCCAGCUGCUACGGCCUCACGAACGUCGCGGAGGAAUACCUCGUCAGCAAGCGGCCCAUGUAUGAGGUCCUGGGCCAGCUGGGGCUGUACGGGAUGUUCAUCAUUGGCGUGCAAGCUGCCAUCUUCGACCGGGAGUCCUUCGCCGGCGCGACGUGGAAUGGCAAGGUCGGCGGGUAUCUGACGGGCUACACGCUCUGUCUGUUCAUCUUCUACUCGCUGGCGCCGAUAUUGUUCCGGCUGGCCUCGGCGGCGUUUUUCAAUAUCAGCCUGCUCACGGCGAACUUUUGGGGCGUGAUUAUCGGGAUCAAUGUGUUCAAGUAUUCGGUGCAUUGGAUGUAUCCGAUUGCGUUUGUGUGCAUCAUGCUGGGGCAGGGGAUUUACUAUUUGGGUAGGCAGGUGUUGGGCGAGGCGAGGAAGCCGUGGCUGGGUGCUAAUCAGGAGAAAGGCGUUAGUGGGGUUGGGACGGCGAAGAAAAAGAUUUCUUCUUCUGCUGCUGCUGCUGCUGGGCAUGGAGCUGAUGAGGCGGUGCGAGUUGGGAAUGGGAGUGAUAAUUCCGUUUGA